GCUGCAGGAUGAGCUCGGAGCAUGGCCAGCAGCCACAGCCGGGGGGCCGAAGGGGCCGUGGUGAUAAGAAGUCCAGAAGGCGAGGCCGGCGCAAGGAAACCUACUCAGUGUAUAUCUACAAGGUGCUGAAGCAGGUGCACCCAGACAUCGGCAUCUCUUCCAAGGCCAUGAGCAUCAUGAACUCGUUUGUGAAUGAUGUGUUCGAACGUCUGGCUGGCGAGGCUGCCCGGCUGGCCCAGUACUCGGGCCGAACCAUACUGACCUCCCGGGAAGUCCAGACGGCCGUGCGCCUGCUGCUGCCCGGGGAGCUGGCCAAGCACGCCGUGUCCGAGGGCACCAAGGCCGUCACCAAGUACACCAGCUCCAAGUGACCCGGGG